CGACGGGACCUAGCUGACCUUUUUCGCCUCACAAGGGCCUUCACAGAAAAAACGCCAUGGCACCAUGUUGGGGGGGCUCCUGGCGGCCUUUGCGACGCUUCGGUGUGCUGUCAGCCUUCACGCGACGACCCGCCCGCGGUACAUCUACUUGAUCCUCAACUUUCCCAAUCGCAUCGUCCGCACCGACAUCAACGGCCAGAAUCAGGUGGUGCUUCUGGAGGGCUUGGGCCAUCCGCACGCGCUUGCUGUGGAUGACUUCCACCGGAAGAUGUACUUCGGCGUCUCCGACGACGCCUCCGACCGGCUGAUGCGCUCCGACCUCACGGGCCGGAACGCGGAGGAGCUGGUCCAGGGCGUCCACGUCGGAGGCGUCGCGGUGGAUCCGCACGGCGGAGCCGUCUAUUGGACGGAGUUGGACCAGGGCCUGGUGCAGCGCGCUCGCUUGGAUGGCUCACAGGUGGAAACCUUGGUGUCCGGCCUCGAAGAUCCAGGUGGGCUGGACUUGGACCUCCAUGAAGGACAAGUCUUUUGGUGCGACCAGACUGGCUGGGAACGGCGCAAGGGCAGGAUCCAGAGGUCUUGGCUGAAUGGAUCAAAUGUCACAGACCUCCGCGAGACGCCAUUUCCGAUGGACGUGGCCGUGGAUCUGGCACAUCAGCAGCUGUAUUACACCGACGCCGGGUCGUACGAGAUCACCCGCUGCGACUUCACGGGAGCGGAGUGCGAGGUCAUCUUAAACAAGACGGUUGAAGUGAAUGAGUCAGCGAAGCAGGGCAGACAUAUCAACGGCUUGCUGGAUCCUCACGGGAUUGUCCUUGACCAUCAAGGGAAAAUCUAUUUCACGUUGCUGGGCACGGCCUACCGCGCCAAGGGUGGAGCCUCGAUUAGCCGAAACGCCAAGCUGCAGCGCUGCAACUUGGAUGGGAGUCACUUGGAGAUCCUCGCAGAGUUCGGCUCCACGCAACCGGUGUCAAUCGCACUGAGCACCGUGAGUGAGACGGAAGAGCUUUGAGGCCAUGUAACAUCGACAAUGGUCCCUUCUCACUGAUGGACAAGAUGCUUGCCGCGCUGAUGUUUGGUACUUACUGCUUUGUGAUAGCGGACAAUCUUGAAGUCAUCGCCAUGAGCAAUUAGCUGACAUAUGGCAUGCAAGUUGCGUCGAGAGGAACAUACGC